CGCUCGCAACCUUGCUCUCCCUGUGUUGGUGCGCGUCCGGCUCUCAGCCCCCGAGACUGGCCAGGGGAGCGAAACUCGGGUCAGUCCAGAAGAAGCCGAGCGAAGACAAAGCGGGGGGCGGUGGUGGCGCCGCUGCAGCUGCACCUCCUUCGAGCGCCCUCGAGAUGUUCUCGCGGAGGGGUCAUGCGGAUGUCAAGAAGUCCGCGCAGAAGGCGCUGGACCCGCGCAAAGAACCGCUCACCCGCCUCAAGCACCUUCGGGCUUUGAUGGAUGGCGUGGAUGGAAGUGAACUCAAACAGUUCUUUGAGAUCAAUUAUUCUCAAAUUUAUCUUAUCUUCUAUGAAAGUUUUGUAACACUGGAAACCAGUUUGAAACAAAAAGGAAAUAAAUCCCAAAGGGAAGAGUUGGAUUCCGUUCUUUUUCUUUUUGAAAGGAUACUACAAUUAUUACCUGAGAGAAUUUUCUAUCGAUGGCAUUUUCAUAGCAUAGGGUCAAUUUUGAAGAAACUAUUGCACACUGGAAACUGCCUUAAGGGAAGAUAUAUCCUGAAGAUAUAACACCACUUUUACCACAUGCUACUGGGGAAAAGAGUGAAGACCCAACUUGCUACUUUCUUCAGAUACUCUUAAAAUACAUGGUAAUUCAGGCUGCAAAGGUGGAAUGGAAGAAUAAGGAAAACCUUAACACAGGAUUUAAGUUUCUCUUUGCCCUCUUCAGAAAGUAUUAUCUUCCUCAUUUAUUCCCUUCUUUUAUAAAACUAACCAACCUCUACAAUCCUGUGCUUGGGAUUCCUGGCAUGCGCCCCAAAUCCGUGUAUGUUAGUACAACUUGUGAUGGUGGAAAUGUUUAUAAUACAAAAAUUCCAUACCUGGAUGCUCGUGUAAUUUUUAUAAAAUGGCUUGUAAAUUUUUUUCUGGAAAAGAAAUACCCUACAGCAGCACAAACUUUCAAAAAUGGUGUGGAGGUUCUACCCAGAACCAUUCAAACAGUGGGUAAUACAGCGCAAGAUAAAAAUCCUGAAGUGGAAAACAGUGUCCCAUCAGAUCAGGAGAAAAAUCAUAUCAACCACAGCGGGAUACUCAGUGAUUCCAGUUUUUGCAGCAUUGAAGAGCAGCACCGAACUGCGUAUGAAAUCGUGCAACAAAUAUUUUUGUCUACAAGAGAUUAUGUGAAUUUUGUUAAUGAAGUAUUUCAUCAGGCUUUUUUGCUGCCACCAUCAGAGAUAUCCUUAACUGAAAAGAUUGUGAAAGUUUAUAGGAAAUGGAUACUACAUGAAAAACCUCUCUUCAUGGAAGAACCAGAUGCAAAGGAAACUACUCAAGAUGAUGAUGUCAUUACAGAACACUCAACAGAAGAGACCGAUGGCAAACAGCUUGUGUCUAGACAUAGAAGAUCCUCAAGUUGGGGAAGAAGUUACUCCUUCUCUAGUGCUGUUACCAGAGGAUGCUUAUUAGAAGAUGAAAAUGAGAAUGUUAAAGCAGGACUUCAAGCUACACUGCAGGUAUUUUUGACAAACUCUGCAAACAUAUUUUUAUUGGAACCAUGCAGUGAAGCCCCUGAACUACUUAAAGAGCAAAUAAAUUCUUGCAGAGCAGUUUUGAGUAUAUAUAGGCGCAUGAUAAUGGAAGUUCCAAUGAAUAAAAAGACCUGGGAGCAUAUAUUGCAAAUACUUCUUAGCAUAACAGAAGCUGUCAUGAGCAACUCCAAAGAUGAUCAAAUAAAGGAUGCAUUUGGUCAAAGUUUAGCGGCUUCACUAUUUCGGACUCUCAUCGUGGCUUGGAUCCGGGCAAAUUUGAGUGUUUAUAUUUCUCGUGAGCUCUGGGACGAGUUGCUACGUGUACUAUCAUCCCUUACAGAUUGGGAAGAACUAAUAAUGGAAUGGGCUAAUAUAAUGGAUUCUCUAACAUCUGUUUUAGCAAGAACAGUAUACGGUGUUGAAAUGACCAACUUGCCACUAGAUAAGCUAAGUGAACAAAAAGAGAAAAUACAAAAAGGAAGAGGUAAAAGUGAACAACAGGAACUAUCAGAAAAUGGAUCAGGAAUUGUGAAUCAGCAACCAGUAAACUUAUUGGGAGCAGAAUAUAAGAGUCCUUUUUCAGACCUGGAUCAAUUAACUCGAAGCAGUAGUACCUCUGAUAUUAGAGAUCAAUGCAGUUCCGAUGUUUUCCAAGUUAGAAAAACAGAAAGUUCACAAAAUUUAACUUCAGGAUCCAGAUCUGUUCAAAAAAAUGAGACCACGAACAAGGAAAAUACACUACAAGAAGAAAGCAACACUCCAUCUGAAUUAAAUCUCAAGACAGACAUACAGCAUGGAAAUCAGAAAGAGAAAGAAAAAUGUGAAAGUAUUAGCAGUGAUACUUCUAUUGGAUACAACCAUGAAAUGGGCAUGAGUUUGGCUACCUGGCAAACAUGUGAAGAAAAUAAUGAUAUAUCCAUGCACGCUGACAUUUCCGUUGAUCCAGAAGCCCAUCAGUGGUUGGCUACCAACUUCUCAGACAGCAGUGAAUUCCUUGCUGAUGAUUAUAGCAUAAUUGCUGGUGGCACUCUUACUGGAUGGCAUCCUGACUCUGCAGCUGUACUGUGGAGAAGAACUUUAGGAAUUCUUGGAGAUGUGAACAAUAUCCAGUCUCCUAAAAUACAUGCCAGAGUUGUUGAAUAUCUCUUUGAGUUAUGGCACAAAUUAGCAAAGAUAAGAGACAAUCUGGCAAUAAGUCUGGAUAACCAGUCUACCCCAUGCCCUCCUGUUUUAAUUCCACCACUUAGAAUAUUUGCAUCAUGGUUGUUCAAGGCUACAACUUUACCCGAUGAAUAUAAAGAAGGAAAGAUUCAUGCCUACAAACUGAUAUGUGCUAUGAUGACAAGACGUCAAGAUUUUAUGCCAAAUCCUGACUACCUGGUGCAUUUUUAUCUUAUCAUGCACAUUGGCUUAACUAACAAAGAUCAGGAUGUUUUGAACACUAUCAUCAAACACUGCUCCCCAUUCUUUUUCUUUUUGCGGUUACCCGGCUUUACACUGCUAAUAAGAGACUUCAUAACAGCGACAACUAGAAUUCUUAGUACAAACAUGUUGGAGGCUCCUCGCUUAGAAGCAAAUACUAUUCUUGGAUCUCUGAUUUGCUUCCCUAACCUUUACCAAGACAUCUUAAUGUUAUCAUCUGUUACUGAAGCAGGAAUCACAACAGGAACUGCAGAUGUCAAACUUUGCCUCAUAAAUAUUCUUUUAAAGAAUGCCACAGAGGAACCAAGUGAAGCUUCAAGGUAUUUAGCCCUUUGCUGUCUUGGGCUUUGGAUAUGUGAAGAACUUGUGAACUGUACCAACCAUCCUCAAGUAAAAGACGCAAUAAAUGUUUUUGGUGUGACACUAAAGUUUUCUAACAAGCAGAUUGCACAAGCAGCAUGUGAUAUCUUCCAGUUGUUGACAUCUUACUGGGAAAAACUACAGAAAUACAACAUUUCUCUACCUCAAAAAAUUAUUGAAGUCCUUGUUGCCACUAUUGCAUUUCUGUUACCAAGUGCAGAAUACUCUUCUGUGGAAAGUGAUAAAAAGUUUAUAGUCUCAUUGUUACUUUGUUUAUUGGAUUGGUGCAUGACAUUGCCAGUGACGAUACUGUUGGAGCCUGUAUUUACUUCCAAUUUUGAAAAUCAGUACUCUUCUAAUACUCCAUUGCUUGAUUAUAUUUAUAGGAUCCUGAAUUGUUGUGUUUAUGGUUCAAGCCUGUACAACCAGCAAAGCCAUUAUCUUUUAAGUCUUGCCGAUCUCUCCAGUGAGAUAUAUGAUCCCUUUAUGCCUCUAGGAAAUGUCAGGAAUUCUGAAGUGAUUCUGGUUCAGUCUUCUGCAGACCUGAAUAAUUUGCUCACAGUUGCUGAAGAAAUGAAGCGGAGAAGCUUGGAGUUAAUACCACUGACAGCACGAAUGAUUAUGACACAUCUAGUUAACAAUUUGGGCCAUUAUCCUCUAACUGAAGGACCUGCUGUUCUACAUAGUCUUAUCAGUGAAAACCACAGCAAUUCUUGUAUGGAAUCUUCUGAACUCUCACCUGAAAUCUUCCGAAGCCCCAAUUUACAGAUCUUUGAAUUUAAUGACAAUGCUGUCAUUUCUUACCUCCAGAUUCCUUCAAAAAGGGGAAUGGCUGAUGAAUUGGAAGACUCAUUCUCAGAAGUAAGAGUAAUUGUUAGGGAUAUCUCUGGAAAAUAUUCAUGGGAUGGACAAUUGAUGCAUGGACCAUUAGGUGCUUGUUCAUUAGACCAGAUGAACAGAAAAUUCUCUGUGGUUAUGGAAAAAAAUAAGCAGAACUUUGAGUCUCCAACUGAUUUCAUUCAGAUAGAUGAUGGAGAAGAUGCUCUUGAUAGGUUGCUAGAAAAGAUUGGCAGUAGUAGUCCCGAGUGUCUUUUACAUCCACAAAUAAAAUUAAAUGAGCCAUCCCCAUCCCCGUCUGUCAUGAGUCAUGCCCAAGCUAAUGAUAUAAUUGAAGCAAUAAUGCAGCAAAGUUGCAUAGAAAAUGAAUAUGCUCAUGGAUACCAUCUGAAUCACAAUACAAAAAGCGAAAAUCAGAAGAUGCCAAGAUCUGCUCUGCCGCAGUCACCAUUUCAUUUAUGUAGGCUUUUGCUAAAUGACUUAGGAAUGAAUUCGUGGGAAAAAAGAAAAAGUUUUAAUAUUUUGAAGAAAAAUUCUAAGUUAUUGAGAGAACUGAAAAAUUUAGACUCUAGACAAUGUCGUGAAACUCACAAGAUUGCAGUAGUUUACAUUGCUGAAGGACAAGAAGAUAAAUGCUCAAUAUUGUCCAAUCCACAAGGAAGCCAAGCAUAUGAAGAUUUUAUUGCUGGAUUGGGUUGGGAGGUUGAUCUUUCAACUCACUGUGGGUUUAUGGGUGGUCUUCAGCGUAACGGUAGCACAGGACAAACAGCCCCAUAUUAUGCUACUUCAACUGUAGAAGUAAUUUUUCAUGUAUCUACACGAAUGCCGUCUGACUCAGAUGACUCACUGACCAAAAAGCUUCGUCACUUGGGAAAUGAUGAAGUUCAUGUUAUCUGGUCUGAACACACCAGAAAUUAUCGCAGGGGCAUUAUACCAACAGAUUUUGGUGAUGUUUUAAUUGUUAUUUAUCCAAUGAGGAAUCGUAUGUUCUAUAUCGAGAUUAUGAAGAAACCACAGGUCCCAUUUUUUGGCCCUCUGUUUAAUGGAGCAAUUGUGACUGGAAAACUGUUGCCAAAUCUUAUACGGGCCACAUGUGUCAAUGCCAGCAGAGCUGUGAAAUCUCUUAUAACUCUCUAUCAGAGCUUUUAUGAGGAAAGAGCAAUAUAUCUUGAUGAAAUAAUCCGGAAUCAUAAAGAAUUACUGUCAUUUGAAGAUUUUGCUGCCCAGGUUUUCUCCCCUUCUCCCAGUUACUCCCAUAGUGGAUGCGAUUAAAAUAUGUAAUGAUCUCGUUACGGUAAUUGAGAAAGACAUUACUACAUGUUUGACUGAUGAUUUUACUGCACCUUGAUGGACCGAAUAAACAAAGCAGAUUUCACCAAUACCAGCAAGUGUCAAAAAAAAUAAUUCUUGGAGGUUAUACUUAUUCACCAGUACUCUCAGUAAAUCUUCAAGCUAUAAACAUUUUGGAAAUUUGAAAUAAUAGAAGAAAUCUACAUGUUGAUCUGCUCUCUUUCCAGGUGGUAAUUUUGAAGACUGCAUAAAUGAAGGUUUUUUGUUUUUUUUCUGUUUCUGCUAUGAAAUCAUUAUUCCUUAAAUUUCAAAGUUAAUUUUUUCAUAUUUUCCGAUAUUAGUUCUUGGAACUCAGUUAAUAACUUGCUGCUAUGAAAGAUUGAAGUCCAUCUUUCUAUGCUAAAAUACUUGCUUUAUCUAAUUUUUGUUUGCCGAUUAUAUGUCACCUAAAGAAUUCAGAACAGUCACUGAAAGCCCUUCCUCUCGAAAAUUUCUUAAACGUAACGUUAAUAAUAUCAUUGUAAAGGUAAAGCUGAUCAGCUCCAGCAUCUUUAAACGCUGAGCCAUCGUGCCCCUGGAAUCUCAGCGUGAUUUAAAAUUUACUAGAAGAAAGUACUUUUUAUUUCAUUGAUGGAGAGCCACAGUUAACCAAAAUGAAGGACUUUUGCCUAGUAAUUUCCUUUUUAUAUUAAAUAAAAAAUGCUGUAAACUACAAACUAUAUACCUAGUAUAUAGAUGAUAAGUGAUUAUGCCUUUAAAAUAUCUUUUCCAAUAUAACAUCAUUUUAUAUUACUUAUUUCCAAACUUUAUUGUUGUGCAUAUAACCGAGAAUUCCUACUUAACAAUCAAUAGCACUUUUAAAUAUUUAUAUAGUUAAAUAAAUACAACAGUAGUAAAACCUACAUUUAAAUUGCCUGGUAAAAUACUAUUUCAUAUGCAAGAUAUAUAGUGUGAGCCUUUGGCAUUUAAAUCUUACAGUGAGUAGUUCAGCGGCUCGUGCCAAUUCAGCGUUCCUAUUUCUGAUUGUUCUGUUUGACAAAACUACCAAGUAAAUCCUUUAAUUCAUUGUUAUUAUGAAUACUGGCUACUUUAUCAACACAGAACAGCUACUUAACUGAUCACCUGGGGAAAUAUGGAUCAAUAUAAUGACUCAUUUCAUACUGCACACUACUUAUGGUUUGCUCAAUCCAUCUGCCUGGAUUCAUGCAAUAUACAGUGAAUCAUAAACUCAUGAUACCGCCUGAGGUUUACACAAGACACAUUUCCUGGUAUGAAACCACUCAGAAUUUACAAGCAGAAUAAUUUCUAUAUGAAGAGGAAUCAAUCUGAUUCAGGUAUACAGAGCCUUUUUUGUAAAGUGUUGUUUGGGAUAUCAGUGCAAACUACCAAAGUCCUUGCACAAUAGACACUGUUAGUAAUCAGAUACCUCUUACUUAUGAACACAGGCUACCUUUUUUUAUUUUUCUGUGAUGUUUGCUGAAUAUAGUUGCCGAAGUAGAAAAAGUCUCCAAACUGAAUUUGAAGUCUGAGGACUUUAUUGAAAACAUCCAUGCAGGAUUUUUUUUUAUUACCUGAUUAGAAGAUAGCUGACCCUUCCCUUCUGCCGGGGUGGUUUUUGACUUCCCAGCAGAAUUUCCAAACCCAAUCACUU